CUCCUGAUUCCAACUAUGACAUGUUUAACCUCAGUUGCGUGCUCGUGAACGAAUCCUUCAUGGAAUUGUUAGAUGGAGGAUGGAGCGCUCGUUUUUGGGAGGGGUCAGGAGGUUAUUGAUACGAUUAGACUGGGGGGACUGUGGAAAUGCAUAAAUAGCCAAAAGGAGUGAUCGAGUCUUGCAGUCUCUCUCAGACAGCCCAGGCAUAGGUGACCUCCACUUCUUCUGCAGAAAACUCAUCUGUCUCUGCAAAGCCAAGAACCAGCAAUGGAAAAGAUGAAAACCGUCUGUGUAAGAUGCUUGCUCUGGUGCUUCACCUUAAUGGUAACCCUGCUUAGUGGAAUUGCCACCAUGCCUGUGAGUGUAGUGGACUCACUUUGCACUGCAACUUCAACAGCCAGGUACAGACUAACAUUUACAGGCAAGUGGAGCCAGACUGCCUUCCCCAAGCAGUACCCUGUUUACAGGCCUCCUGCUCAGUGGUCUCCACUGAUUGGAGUAACUCACAGCACAGACUACCACAUCUGGCAAAAAAAACAAUAUGCAAGUAAUGGGGUGAGAGAGUUCUCUGAAAAAGGAGAGGCUUGGACUCUGAUUAAGGAGGUGGAGGCAGCUGGGGAGCGCAUCCAGGGUGUAUAUGGCCUCUUUUCCACGCCAGCUGUGCUAGGAGGGACGGGCCAGACAAGCGUGGAGUUUGAGGUGUAUGCCAGGCACAACUUUUUGUCUUUUAUUAUGCGGAUUGUGCCAAGCCCGGACUGGUUUAUUGGGAUAGACAGUAUAAAUCUGUGUGAUGGAGACCACUGGAAAGAAAACAUUAGCCUUGAUCUGUUUCCUUAUGAUGCUGGUACAGACAGUGGCUUUACUUUUUCUUCACCCAAAUUUGAGACCAUUCCCCAGGACAAAGUCACGCAGAUAACAUCAUCAUUUCCAAGUCACCCUGCUAACUCGUUCUUCUAUCCACGACUGAAACAUCUUCCACCGAUUGCCAAGGUCACACUCACCAAGAUCAAAAGCAAACAUAUUUUCAGUUUGCAGAUAGAGCCCACACAAUCCAACCAAAUUCCAACUGGCAAUGAAAUAGACGAGUCUCUCAUAAAUACUCCUCUUGACUGUGAGGUGUCUGCGUGGUCACCAUGGGGUUUAUGUAAAGGUCAAUGUGGUGAGGACAAAAAGAAAGGCUUGAGAUAUCGUACCCGCUACAUUCACAUAAAGCCUGCUAACAACGGCUCUGUCUGUCCACCUCUCGAGGAAGAGAAAACCUGUGUGCCUGACAACUGUAAGUGACGGUCUGUUGCACAACAUCCAUCAGUCCAUUUCAUCCUUUUCUUCAUUCAAAGCACAAUCCUGUUUGGCCUACAGAUUCCCAGUGUUUUUAAAAUAUAUAGUGGAAUUGCAUAAGUUGUUCAGGGUUUUUUAAACGACACUACUGCUUUACUGGCAUCAUUUUUAAGGAAAUAUACAUUGUGGAUUCAUGAGUAUUGUGAUAUGGUUUUUUUUUUUUUGUCAAAUUGAACACCUCUACAUCAGUUAUAAAGUCAAAGUGAAUGUUUCAUGAUUAAAAAGUGGGAUUUCACUGGAGAGCUAAUACGUGUCAUGUGAAAACGCAAAAACAGCAUUUUAAUAACUCUUAAAUACUCUAAUGUUGCUUAUAAUUCAAUUUAAGGUGCUAUAGCUAUUAAAAAAAUACAUAAUUAAAAGAUUGUUGAAUUUAUUGUGCGUAUCGGACUAAUUUGACCUGGUGCCCCCUGGUGGAAUGACCGAGCAAGACAAGUACUUUACUUUUGUUAAAAGUGUGGUAUGGUCGAUGUCUGUAUAUUCAGUGAAGUACUCUGUACAUAUCAACUGUAAAUAUGAAAACAAUAAACUGUUUCCAUUCAA